AUGAACUGUGUGAUGGGAACUGACAAGGAGAGUGUAAUGUGGGUGCUGGCUUUUGAGAUUUUCAUCCCGCUCGUCCUUUUCUUCAUCCUCCUGGGUCUGAGGCAGAAGAAGCCAGCAAUUCCUGUCAAGGAAGUGUCCUUUUACAGCGCUGCGCCGCUCACCUCGGCUGGCAUCAUUCCCAUCAUGCAGUCGCUCUGCCCGGAUGGACAGAGAGAUGAAUUUGGUUUCCUGCAAUAUAAGAACUCCACUGUGACCCAGCUGCUGGAGCGGAUCAGUGAAGUGGUUGAACAGAAUCAGCUCUUCACAUCUGAUAGACCUGGUUUAGGUCAAGAGCUGGAGACCCUGCAGCAGCACCUGGAGAGCCUCAGCUCCACCCCAUUACCACAUGACCACAACUUUAACAACAGCCAAGGCUUCACUCUGGCCAGCGUGUUGAAGAAUGAAUCAGUUUUCCAGCAGUUCCUGAUCAAGAACCUUUCCUUGUCUGACUCCAUAGCCAACCUUCUGCUCAACACUCCAGUGAGCCUCGGAGAGGUUUACAGCCUCAUCGUCGGUACACAUUUCGGAGAUGGCGGAGGAGCCCACAGCUGGAUUCAACAGGCCAAGGGCACCACACAAAAACCUAGAGACAGAGUCCUUCAGUUAGAAGACAGCCUCUUAACUGCAUCCACACUUGAGGACCUCACCUGUGGGGACAGGUCCUCUGAGCUGAGCAAGAUUCUGCUGGUACCUGAGAAGCAGCGACCCGUGAUCCAGGCGUAUCGCAAUUCUGUGUGUAGCGAAGGGGCGGAGCAAAAGUCAGCACGCUUCAAGCAGCUGAGCCUGGAGCUGAGAAAGCAGAUCAACACGCAGAGUGUCACCGAGAAGCUUCACCUGCAGCCCAGCUCUUCGGCUCUUCUCUCUCAGUCUAACGUUGGGGCUCUGUUGAAGGAACUGGCUGAUGUAGAGAGGCUUCUGAAGGAUGUGGACCUGCUUUCUAGUCUGGCUCGCCUGCUGCCCAAAGGGGCCUGUGCUGGUCGAACUCCAGCAUCGCCAGCAAACACAACAUGGCCUCUCAAUGCCACCACAUGGGGCCCCAACACAACUGACAUUCCCGGAGAGGGUGAUGAAGGAGGAGAGGAAGGUGGAGGAGCAGGAAGUGGGAAAGGGAAGAAGGAAACGGAGAAUCCUCAUUCUCAGUUUUCAGCAUUUGUACAGUUAUGGGCUGGACUGCAGCCCAUUCUGUGUGGGAAUAACAGGAUAAUUGAACCGGAGGCUUUGAAGCAGGGAAACAUGAGCUCUCUGGGAUUCACCAGCAAAGAACAAAGGAAUUUGGGCCUGCUGGUUCACUUGAUGACUACAAAUCCCAAGAUCCUCUACUCUCCUAUUGGCUCCCAGGUGGACAAAGUGAUUCAGAAGGCCAAUGAGACAUUUGCAUUUGUUGGGAAUGUGACACAUUACACCCGGGUGUGGCUCAAUAUCUCCUCCCAGCUCAGGAAUUUCCUGGAGGAGGGCCAGUUCCACAAGCACCUGGUGUGGCUGCAGCAGUUGUUCUCAGAUCUUCAGCAGCACCCUGAUUUGAUAAAUGGCACAGACACUGAGCUAAUGCAAAGUCUGAUGGAAGGAAACUACAGUCUUCCCAACACUUCCACCUUGCUAGAACAGCUGGACACCAUUGACAAUGCUGCCUGUGGCUGGACACACUUUAUGUCUAAGGUCAGUGUUGAUGUCUUCAAGGGCUUCCCUGAUGAAGACAGCAUUGUCAACUACACCCUGAAUCAGGCUUACCGGGACAACGUUUCUGUGUUUGCCAGUGAGUCGCCUUCGCAUGUCCGACUAGAAAUACGAACCCUGUCUCGAUUUUUUUCUCCAGACAUGAUAGAGAGAGCGAUCAUCAACACAUUUGUGGGGCAUGACGUGGUGGAGCCUGGCAACUACGUUCAGAUGUUCCCCUAUCCAUGCUACACCAGAGACGAUUUUCUCUUUGUGAUUGAGCACAUGAUGCCUCUGUGUAUGGUGAUCUCCUGGGUUUACUCAGUGGCCAUGAUGAUCCAGCAUAUUGUAGCUGAGAAAGAGCACAGGCUUAAAGAGGUGAUGAAGAUGAUGGGUCUGAACAAUGCAGUGCACUGGGUGGCGUGGUUCAUCACGGGCUUCGUCCAGCUGUCCAUCUCUGUCACUGCUCUCACGGCCAUUUUAAAGUACGGCCGGGUGUUGCUCCACAGCGAUCCCUUCAUCAUCUGGCUGUUCCUCACCAUUUAUGCCGUGGCUACCAUCAUGUUCUGUUUCCUGGUGUCAGUAAUCUACUCCAAAGCUAAGCUGGCUUCUGCCUGCGGAGGAAUCAUCUACUUCCUCAGCUAUGUGCCCUACAUGUACGUGGCCAUUAGGGAGGAGGUGGCUCACGACAAGAUCACUGCCUUCGAGAAAUGCAUUGCUUCUCUGAUGUCCACCACAGCUUUUGGCCUCGGCUCCAAGUAUUUUGCUCUAUACGAGGUAGCAGGUGUUGGCAUUCAGUGGCAGACCAUAAGCCAGUCACCUGUGGAAGGCGAUGACUUUAACCUCGGCCUCUCCAUGAUGAUGCUCAUCAUUGAUGCUGGCGUGUACGGUGUGCUGACCUGGUACAUAGAGGCUGUGCAUCCAGGAAUGUAUGGGCUGCCGCGCCCAUGGUACUUCCCACUGCAGAGGUCCUACUGGUCUGGCAGUGGCCGUGUCGAGACCUGGGACUGGCCUUGGUGCGGCGGUGGAGCUGCCCGGCUCAGUGUGAUGGAGGAGGAUCAGGCUUGUGCGAUGGACCACCGGAGGAAUGGUAAAAGCCAACAAUAUGGUGCUCGAGGACAAGAUUCUCAUCUUCUGUCAAUCAGCUUAAAAACACUGUGAUACACACCAACUUUAGUAAAGGAUAAAUAUGAUUUAUCCAUCCAUAAUAUCAUAAUAAUAUUAAAUAUUAUUAUUUCCUUACACAGGAACCUUUCCAAGUUUGCAUGUUUGUCCAUCCUGACAGGAUUGUUCCCGCCCACUUCUGGCUCUGCCACCAUCUAUGGCCACGAUAUCCGCACUGAGAUGGAGCGUAUUCGACAGAACCUCGGGAUGUGUCCACAGCACAACGUCCUGUUCGACAAGCUGAGUGUGGAGGAGCAUCUGUGGUUCUACUCUAGGCUCAAAGGCAUGGCUGAAGAAGACAUCUGCAAGGAGAUGGACAAGAUGAUUGUUGACCUGGAGUUGUCCAAUAAGCGUCACAGCUUGGUGCAGACAUUGUCUGGUGGGAUGAAGAGAAAGUUGUCUGUCGCCAUUGCCUUUGUUGGUGGUUCCAGGGCCGUCAUCCUAGACGAACCGACCGCAGGGGUGGACCCCUACGCCCGCCGAGCCAUCUGGGAUCUCAUUCUCAAGUACAAACAAGGCCGCACAAUUCUGCUGUCGACCCACCACAUGGAUGAAGCCGACCUUCUGGGAGAUCGCAUCGCCAUCAUCUCACACGGGAAACUCAAAUGCUGUGGCUCCCCGCUCUUUCUCAAGAGCACUUAUGGAGAUGGAUACAAGCUGACACUGGUCAAGAAGCAGAGCGAAGGCCGAGGCCAGGCCAGCCAGUUCCAGCCUCCGUCUCUGUCUCCGUCCUCCUCGCUGUCGCCUUGCUCAGAAGUUCAGGUCACUCAGUUUAUUCGUCAGUUUGUGGCUUCCUGCCUGCUGGUGUCCGACUCCAACACUGAGCUGUCCUACGUGCUGCCGUCUGAGGCUGUCAAGAAGGGCUGUUUUGAGAGGCUGUUUCAGGCUUUAGAGAAGAGCUUGGACUCCCUGGCACUGACUAGUUUUGGGGUAAUGGACACCACCUUAGAGGAGGUCUUUCUCAAAGUGUCUGAAGAGGACCAGUCUCUUGAAAACAGCGAUGCUGACAUAAAGGGUUCGCCGGGGGGGAGCUCUGUAGGGAAAUCAUCAAUCGGUUCAGAAGGUUUGGGGGGACCACAGGGUGAGACAGGAUCCCAAGUGGAGCCUGAGAAGCCGACGGUGGAACUAAACAAUCUGGUGAAGUGCUCCACACUAAGCCAGAGCCAGUCUUCUCUGAUGUCCUCCUCAUCUGUCGGCUCAGUGAGAGGCGAUGAAGGAGGGCUGUAUACCGACUUCUAUGGAGAUUACUGUCCACUCUUUGACGACAGACAGGGGGCUGACUCUGCUAGCCUCCAGGGAGAUGCAGAGAACCCCUCGUCCCCAGAGCCAGAGGUGCUGGAAGGGCAGGGCACGUUCAAGCUGGAGGGAGAUUUGCCACCCUUGAUCUUGUCCCCAUCUCAGUAUCAUAACUAUACCCAACCAAGAGGCAACUUCAUCCCUUAUGCCAAUGAAGACAGACCCCAGUACAGGAACAAGCUGUCACCAGACGCCAGCCCACAGAAGAUGAUCAACUCCUUCCGCCUGCCCUCGGGUAUCGGUGCUACUUGCAUCCUCAAAACCCCCUUCAACAGCACCCUGGACCAGCUGGCACAAACCCUCAACCCCAAUGCCAAUAACUCCAAAACCCUAGCUGCCAAAUACUUUGAUUCUAUGUGUCUGGACUCCUUCACUCAGGGCGUCCCCCUCUCCAACUUUGUCCCCCCACCACCUUCGCCAGCACCUUCAGAUGACCCAGACUCUAAUUUUGAGGACGGUCUGUGGAACCUAACAGUCACUCCUCCAAUUACAGUUCAUAGUAAAUAUGGUGGUUUAACAGUGGGCAACAUUCAGAAAUCAAUCCCAACAUCUUUUGGGAGAAAUCUACCACCUAUGGUUCGCAAAAUAGCGGUGCGCAGAUCAGCUCAGGUUCUCUACAACAAUAAAGGCUACCACAGCAUGCCAACGUAUCUGAAUGUCCUCAACAAUGCCAUCCUGCGUGCCAACAUGCCUCCCUCCAAGGGCAAUCCUGCUGCCUACGGAAUCACAGUAACAAACCACCCGAUGAAUCGCACCAGUGCCAGCCUUUCUUUAGACUAUUUGCUCCAGGGCACAGACGUAGUGAUUGCCAUCUUCAUUAUUGUAGCCAUGUCCUUUGUCCCAGCCAGCUUUGUGGUUUUCCUAGUAGCAGAAAAAUCCACGAAGGCCAAACACCUGCAGUUUGUCAGUGGCUGUGACCCAGUCAUCUACUGGCUAGCCAACUAUAUCUGGGAUAUGCUGAACUACCUGGUGCCUGCUACCUGCUGUGUUAUUAUUCUGUUUGUGUUUGACCUGCCAGCCUACACCUCUCCAACAAACUUCCCUGCUGUCCUCUCCCUCUUUCUUCUCUACGGUUGGUCGAUCACUCCCAUAAUGUAUCCUGCAUCCUUCUGGUUUAAGGUUCCCAGUACAGCCUAUGUCUUUCUCAUAGUCAUCAACCUCUUCAUAGGCAUCACUGCAACUGUUGCAACCUUCCUUCUCCAGCUCUUUGAACACGACAAGGAUUUGAAAAAAGUGAACAGUUACCUAAAGUCCUGUUUCCUCAUCUUCCCCAACUACAACCUGGGUCAUGGCCUGAUGCAGAUGGCCUACAACGAGUACAUCAAUGAAUACUACGCUAAAAUAGGGCAGUUUGACAAGAUGAAAUCACCGUUUGAGUGGGAUAUUGUGACUCGAGGACUUGUUGCAAUGACAGUCGAAGGCUUUGUUGGCUUCCUCAUCACCAUCCUCUGUCAGUACAACUUUCUGAGGAACCCCCCGAGGGUGCCGGUCAGCUCCAAGCCCAUCGAUGACGAUGAUGUAGACGUGGCCUGUGAGAGACAAAGAGUGCUGCGUGGAGACGCUGACAAUGACAUGCUGAAGAUCAAGAACCUAACCAAGGUAUACAAAUCCAGAAAGAUGGGACGUAUCCUUGCAGUGGACCGCCUGUGUCUGGGCGUCCGGCCCGGAGAGUGCUUUGGAUUGCUCGGAGUGAAUGGAGCUGGGAAAACCAGCACCUUUAAGAUGCUGACAGGAGACGAGUGCACUACUGGAGGAGAGGCUUUCAUUAACAGGAACAGUAUCCUGAAGGACCUGUUACGUGUGCAACAAGGUAUCGGCUACUGUCCACAGUUUGAUGCUCUGUUUGAUGACCUGACAGCCAGAGAGCAUCUGCAGCUUUACACUCGCCUCCGUGGCAUUCCUUGGAAAGACCAAGAAAGGGUGGUGCAGUGGGCACUGGAAAAGCUGGAGCUGUCCAAGUAUGCAGACAAACCAGCUGGCACUUACAGUGGAGGAAACAAACGCAAGCUCUCCACUGCCAUUGCUCUCAUCGGGUACCCAUCACUCAUCUUCCUGGAUGAGCCCACCACUGGGAUGGACCCGAAGGCCCGCAGGUUCCUCUGGAACUUAAUCCUGGACAUAAUCAAGACCGGACGUUCUGUAGUGCUGACGUCACACAGCAUGGAGGAGUGCGAGGCCUUGUGCACCAGACUGGGCAUUAUGGUGAAUGGCAGGUUUAAAUGCCUGGGGAGCAUCCAGCACCUGAAGAACAGGUUUGGAGAUGGCUACAUGAUCACAGUGAGGACAAAGAGCAGCUCCAGCGUCAAAGAGGUGGUUCGAUUUUUCAACAGAAACUUCCCCGAGGCUCUGCUGAAGGAGCGUCACCACACCAAGGUGCAGUACCAGCUGAAGUCUGAGCGCAUGUCCCUGGCUCAGGUCUUUAGUAAGAUGGAGCAGGUGGUGGAGGUGCUGGGUAUUGAGGACUACUCUGUCAGUCAGACUACUCUGGAUAAUGUGUUUGUUAACUUUGCCAAGAAACAAAGCGAUAACCUUGAGCAGCAGGAUGUGUCGCCGCUGGGCAGCGGAAAGUCCCCCCUGCAGCGCAUCUUCAGCCUUCUAAAGGCUCGAACGGCCAACACAGAACUCAACGCUCUGAUCAGCGAGGCGCCAGAAGAGCUGGAGAGCGAUGAUGAUGAAGGUCUCAUUAGCUUCGAAGAGGAACGGGUGCAGCUCUCUUUCAACACAGACACCCUCUGUUAAAAUGAGCUACUUUAACAUCAGAGAGCAGAGGGGAGGGCAGAGGGGGGACCCCUGAUCCCACUGGUCUGAGCUAUGCGUUCCUGAGAGUAUGGCACCGCGACCCUGAGGAGGACCAAAACUCUCUGAACUCAGCACCUGAGCUUCAGUAUUUCAGGCUUCAGAUGGACUCUGCACUAGGACGGCAACAUUAUACUUUGAGUGUGUGAAUUUGAACCCUUUAUGAAAUGUUAAAAACCAAGUCUUUGAUUCCACUGGUGUCUCUGAGAUGAGUGGAGUCACCCCCUAAUCACAAAGGGUCCUUGUUACUCUGUAGACCUGCCUUGAGAGCAUGCUGUGAUGAUGAUAAUACACCCUGUUUUUCUGUGCUAAGAUUUAUUUUGAAGGUCAAGGCAGCUACAAACUGCUGGGCUGGUUUGUUUGUUUAAAUCUUUUUUGUUGUUGUUGUUUUUUUGUGGGGGGGUGCACCCUGUAGGGGGCGUGAGUGGACCUGUGGGGGAGCAGGAGGCCUUCUUGCCUUCUUUGAUGUUACCAGGUGAAUGUACACGGGUGUUGUCAUGGUGAUGCCUCCUCCUCUCGGUUUGUACACGUGGUCGCUUUCUUUUCUGUUUUACAUAUUAGUAUUUUAUUUAUAUUAUUAUUAUUUUGUGAAUAUUAUUAUACGUUCUUAUGUUGUGCAUUCUGGUGAGAAGAUCCUCUGUAAACGGGGCACUGUGUAUAAUAAGAACAAUAACUCACCUGCAGUGUAACAGCCUGAACCGUGGAUUGAACUCCUGACAACAACUGCACUCCUAUCACUGUGACACUAACAGGGACCUUCAGAUCACACUUGCAGUAAUGUGUGGGUACGCUCCAUGUUUUAUGAUUUGCAGAUGAACUUCAACACAUUACAAAACUAUGGCUCUCUCACUGACCGUGUGUUGAUAUGUUCUCUCUCAUGUUUCGUGAUAACUGAGUUGUCCUGUCAUCAACAGCUCCUGUGUUGCUUCUUGUUUCACAGCGAGCUGCUGGUUUGGUUAUUACUCUGGUACUGGUGGGCUUUUUCCCUGUUGCAGAUGUUAUCAUUAAAAAAGAGUAACUGUCAUCCUUUCAUGUCUGAGAUUGUGAGCUUGACGGAUAAAAGCAAGUCUGUCAUGGACUGUAACAACUGUAUGUCACCUACAGCCACUGGAGUUUUCACUCAUAGUUUAAAAUAAAUCUAAGCUGUAUGUUUUGGGAUGUAAACAUCAGAUUCAUAUGUGAACCUUUAAUAACGCCAUUGCAGCGUGUGUCUGAUUAAACGACUGUUUCUGAACUGUAACUUACACUGAACAGAUGCUCGUCUUAUGCUUUGUGUUUGUUGCAACACUGAGCUUCGUCUCACACAUCUGCAGCUCUGUGAACCUCUCACUCUGAUUAUAAAAACGAGUCACGUGUCCAA